AUGGACACAGAAGAUGGAACGAUUUUCAUAAAGAAUCUAGCGUACUUUGUACGGACUCACGAAAAAGCGCUCGCAAAUGCCCUGCAGCUGCAACGACAAGCGCCCCGCCAUGGCCAGAGCAACUCCGUCUCCUCGCCUACAGGCACCAGUUCUUCAUCCUCCACGUCGAGCGUGUGGGCAGCCGCCCUGUCCCUCCCGUCGCUGACCUUCACAUCGCCGACGCUUAAGCCAGCGAAGCUCACACUCACGCCCCAUCACCUCUUCUACCUCCUAUCCCGGUUCGAGGACCUAAACAUAUCUGUGGGACCAAUGAAUGUUCGAUUAGAGAACAUACACACUGAUGUAUCACCGACCAACUAUGUGUCGUUUCUUAGCAAUGCCCAGCGAAACAAGCAACGGCCCUCUGACCGCGACUCGAUCCACUCCGUCUCCAGCAUACGUAGCGUGAUGUCUGGCAUGUCUUCAUUGUGGUCAUCUCUUCGCUUGUCAUCCAACAGCGACGCCAAGCAGGCAAAGCAAAAAGCGCAACUCGAGGAGGACAUCAAAUAUCUCUACUCUGCGUUUACCAAGAUUCCGUGCCUAAGACUCGCACCUGACCACAAAGCUCGCCUCAUUGCGGGAUAUGAGGAGUUUCCAUUCGACAGCGCAGUACCUUUGCACGCUUUCAAAAACGUCACCGCUCUCGAGAUCUACGAUGUCGACUUCCGCCAAUUCUACGGAUGGGACCGUCUCGCGGACAAUCUACGCAGCCUGACGGUCAAGAGGGCUGGCGUUGACGAUCCUGCCGACCUUCUCAUCAACAUCGUGCUGGACGACAUGGAUAAGCGACGCCGCCGCUCUGCCAAAACACCUUCUUCGCCUGCCGUCCCAUGGCAGGCAGGCAGUCCCGCCAGCAAGCACGCUCAGCUUGCACGUUCGGAUUCACCUCCAGCGUCACCUACAGCCCCCAGCAAGCAAGCUACAAGUCCACGGAACUCGGCCUUAAUGCGAGACGGCUCGCGCACUUCGGCACAACGCCAGCGUAGCGUUUCACCCUCGAGACCUGCGAGUUCACGCCACUCGUCGACACGUGUAUAUGGCGCGAAUAGUGCGCCUAACAUCCGCCGCUCAUCUGGUAGCUCAGGAUCAAGUGCGAUAUCGACCACUCCACGUGGAAGCUCUGCCAACCUCCUUUCACUAGGCUGGUUUCCCUCAACCAAGUGGCGUUUCCUUCGGCAUUUGAGUUUGGCUGACAAUGCGCUUACCAGCAUUCCAGCGACUAGCCUUGCACCUUUGGCCAAUACUUUACAAUCGCUCGAUAUCUCUGCUAACCUUUUCGCGGAGAUACCAGACAGCCUUGCGACUCUGUCCUGCCUGCGUGCACUCAAUCUAUCCAACUGUAUGAUUAGCAGCCUCCAUUCUUUGGGACGGAACCCCCUGCCUGCGAUCACUACUCUCAACUUGCGUUCCAACCGGCUAACAUCGCUUGCGGGCAUCGAGCGACUAUUGUCAUUAGAGCGCGUAGAUCUACGGGAUAAUAAGCUGACCGACCCAACUGAGGUCGCUCGACUCACCUGUGUCCCGUACAUCACCGAGGUCUUCGUCCAUAGGAACCCCUUUUGCAAGUCCUACAGCAACUACAGGGUCACUAUAUUCAAUCUCUUCCGCAAGACUCCGGGCUACAGCGAAGAUAUCAAGAUCGACUCCACACUCCCCAGCAGCGGCGAACGAAAACAGCUCGUGGUUAGAGUACCGGAGCUUCCUAGUGUUCCCGUCGUAAAGCCACCACCUGAGGAUGAAACACCGCCACCUCCCACUCCACCCAAAGUCGUGAAGGCUCUCGAUGCUGCUGAUCUGACCGAGAUUCCGCACACUUCCCUCCAUCGAUCGAAGAGUGGAAAGAGCGGGAAAGGCUCCCAUAGAAAGAAGAAGGUGCCAAAGCGAAGAAUUGUAGAGCUCGUUCAGAGUGACGCCCUACAGUCGGCUGAGGUUACUCCACCGCCGAGUUACAGCACGGAUGACAACUUACCGAAGCCCAAAGCGACUGCAUCCGCAGAUAUUGUACCGCGCCUCGAGGCGCCCAAGAACGAGAGCACUUCAGGUGACCCUUUGAAGACACUCCCGCAGUUGGAUACUGGAGUCAAAGCUCCCAGCGAGACGACGAUGCAAGCCACAAGCCCUCCAGAAUUCGAUGUUACUAGCGAUCUGUACAAGAGGAAGAUUGAAGCUCUCAGACAAGAUUUUGGCAACAACUGGCUGAGCGCACUUGGCGACGAAGCCUGGGAUGCCAAAUCCGUGACCAGCAUUCCCUCUACGCAUAGCGGUUUCACGUCGCCUAUCAUCAGGCCCGCCAUGGCCCGCACCCCUAGCCAAGGCAUCGUUUCUGGAGGCCGAACACUCGGGUAG